AUAAACCGAUGAAUUUACCCGGAAGUUGCAGUGUAACAGAAAAAACAGCGCGCGCUGCAGUUCCUCUUUAUCGCUCCGGUGCGGCUCAAUGAGGCGCAGCUCCCAAACCCCAGAGCCACCUUUUACUGCGCUGGAACUCUUAAACUACACCUCACUGAAACCAUGGGUUGUAAAAAAUCCAAGCCUGCCGAGGGGCAGAGUGGAGGUUCGUUUGGUGUGAAGAAGCGCGAGCCUGUACAUCCUGAAAAAACGGUAUAUGUGAGAGAUCCAACCUCCCCUAAACCUCACACUAUAAAUAAUGCUCCUCCGUCAGGACUCCUACCCGGGCAGAGAUUCCAACAAAUGGAAGAGCAACACGACCACGGCAAAAUAGUGGUCGCUCUCUACCCGUACGAGGCGAUCCACCCGGACGACCUGGGAUUUAAGAAGGGGGAGAAGUUGCAGGUUCUGGAAGAACAUGGCGAAUGGUGGAAGGCAAAAUCUCUGAGCUCAAGGAAAGAGGGUUUCGUCCCCUCCAAUUACGUCGCCCAGGUCGACACCAUGGAGACGGAAGAAUGGUUCUAUAAAGACAUCACAAGAAAAGAUGCAGAGCGACAACUGCUAGCACCUGCUAACAAACCUGGAUCCUACCUAAUCAGAGAGAGCGAGACAUCCAAAGGAAGCUACUCACUCUCCAUCCGAGAUGUAGGUCCUCAGGGUUCAGAUGUUGUAAAACAUUACAAAAUCCGGAGUCUGGACAAUGGUGGCUACUACAUUUCCCCCAAAAUCACAUUCCCAGAUAUCAAGAAAAUGAUCCAGCAUUACCACAAGCAAUCAGAUGGACUUUGUCGUAAACUGGAGAAGUCGUGCGAAAAGCCAAAAGCCCAGAAACCGUGGGAUAAAGAUGCCUGGGAGAUCUCGAAAGAGUCCAUCAAGAUGGUGAAGAAGCUUGGGGCGGGGCAGUUCGGAGAGGUGUGGAUGGCGUAUUACAACAACAGCACUAAGGUGGCGGUAAAGACACUGAAGCCCGGCACAAUGUCAGUCGAGGCUUUCAUGGAGGAAGCGAACCUGAUGAAGACGCUUCAGCACGAUCGGCUCGUUCGACUGUACGCCGUCGUCACCAAGUGCGAGCCCAUCUACAUCAUCACCGAGUUCAUGGCUAACGGCAGCUUGUUGGAUUUCUUGAAAAGCACAGCAGGCUCCAGUUUACAGCUUCCCAAACUGAUCGAUUUCUCCGCUCAGAUUGCAGAAGGCAUGGCCUACAUUGAGAAGAAGAAUUACAUCCACAGAGACCUGAGAGCCGCCAACGUGCUGGUGUCUGAGAGCCUGCUGUGUAAGAUUGCAGACUUUGGCUUGGCCAGAAUUAUCGAGGACGACCAGUACACGGCCAGAGAAGGAGCAAAGUUCCCCAUCAAAUGGACCGCACCAGAGGCAAUAAAUUACGGUUCCUUCACCAUCAAGUCUGACAUGUGGUCUUUUGGUAUUCUCAUCUAUGAAAUAAUCACGUUUGGGAAAAUCCCUUAUCCAGGAAUGAGCAACGGGGAGGUCAUGACCUCAGUGCAGCGUGGCUACCGCAUGCCCAAGCCUGAAAACUGCCCCGCUGAACUGUAUGAAAUCAUGAACACUUGCUGGAAAAGUAAACCCGAAGACCGACCCACCUUCGACUACAUGCAGAGCGUCCUGGACGACUUCUACACUGCCACCGAGGGCCAAUACCAGCAGCAGCCCUGAGCCUCGCUCCUGCUCUUCCCAGGCACGCCGCUGCACCUACGUUAUUUAUACUUACCCGAAAAACCGUGCGUAUGGAAGACAUCAUGUGUAAAUAUAUGUAAAUAAGUAUAAUAAAUGUAUAUAUAGAUAUAUUUUUUGCUGUCUACCAGCUUGCUUGCUUUUAAGCAAGAUCUACACGGCUUCUUCAAAUUGAAGUUUUAGCUGCUUGCCUGUAAAAUGAUAAAAACGAUCAUUGUGAUUUUACAUGAAAUUUUUCUUCCAAAAGUAUAAUCCGACUGUUAAAAAAAAAAAAGCCAUGGAGCUAUGACAGCGAUGAAUUUAGAAUCCAGCACUUAAAAAAAACAUGCAUCAGGACAUAAUAACAGAAGUGUAAUAAUAUAUAUCUUAAUCUCUGCUUCAUUAGCCAGUAAUAUAUUUGCAGAUGUUUUAUUAGAAGCAAUAAACAUGUAUUUUCUGUCUGUAAUAAUUAAAAUAUAUCAGAAUGGUUUGGGAUUGUCAGGAGAAACUGCUGAUUACUGUGUGCUAAUCAUCAAGCUGUAGCUGAUUUGUCGGUCAUGUCGUUAAUGUCAAUCACUUUGAUUCGACUCUUAACAUGUAUAUAUACAUGUGCCAUUUCGUCUUCUUCUUCUUCUCCGUCUUCAGCUUCUUGUAGUUAUAUUCAACUUUAAUAUUCAACUCUUGUUAAUUAAUUAAUUUAUUUUUUAUUUUUUAUUUACUUUGUAUACUAUAUAUUAAUCCAGAAAGUGAUGGUAUAGUAUGAAAUGCAUGAUCUAAGAUGCACUGAGGUUUUGAGCAGGAUCGCACAUGGUUCUGCAAUAAUAUGGGGGAAAAAAACAUCUUUUUAAGGGACUGAUACUAAAACUGUUCAAAUCCUGAAAUGAUUAAUUAAAAAGGUUGAUUUAAGUUAAUGCAUGGUACUGUGUUGAUAUUCAGCUGUAAUUAAAGUCUUCUUGUGUGUUGAUCUUAAAUACUGUUAAUGAGAUUGUUUGCUGUACAUAAAUUCUCUGUGUAGAAAUAUUAUAGACCUGCUGUUUUGAUAUCCAAUGUGCUGUCCAUUUUUACAUUUUUAAAAUAAACUGUAUAGACGUUAAA